GCCCAAUUAAAAAAUUCGGUUCUGACAAAUGGGUUAGAAUAAUGAAAAUAUGCUGGGAAAUGGUUGGGAUCUUCACUGACUGAUUGAGCAGGGUCCUUGCAAUUUGUCUGUGGUUUUAUGAUUUUUCACAGACACGGGGCUUCUGAUUGAAGUAAAUAAUCAUCAUGUCUGACCCAGUUGUUCUGCGUAGCAUCAAGAGAUUGGGAGAGGAUAACUAUGCUUUUGACUUGGAUGGUAAAUGUAACAGCUUGAAGAAAUCAGAGAAUUUCUAUACAUAUGAAGAACCUUUUAUAGAGAAGAAAAGUGAAAAGUCAUCAAAGAAGAAAGAAAACAGUGUUCGUGUUGGCUACUUUCAGCUGUUUCGAUUUGCUUCAUCUGCCGAGAUUUUAAUGAUGGUUGUUGGUAGUUUCUGUGCUGUUGUUCAUGGAAUAGCCCAACCAGCUGUGUUGCUUGUGUUUGGUGCAAUGGCAGACACAUUUAUUGAAUAUGACAUUGAAAUGCAAGAGCUUAAAGACCCAAACAAGACAUGUGUAAAUAACACCAUAGUGUGGAUUAAUGGUACUAUUCAUCAGAAUGAAAAGAAUGUCACAGUAAGAUGUGGGCUGCUGGAUAUUGAACAAGAAAUGACCAGAUUUGCAGGAUACUAUGCAGGAAUUGGUUGUGCCAUACUCGUGUUAGGAUACCUCCAAAUCUGCUUUUGGGUUAUGUCUGCAGCUCGUCAGAUACAGAAAAUCAGGAAAGCUUAUUUCAGGAAAAUAAUGCGAAUGGAUAUAGGCUGGUUUGACUGUACAUCUGUAGGAGAACUGAACACCCGAAUUUCUGAUGAUGUUAACAAAAUUAAUGAGGCUAUUGCUGACCAAGCAGCAGUCUUUAUCCAGCGCAUAACCACUUUUGUGUGUGGAUUCCUACUGGGAUUUGUCAGUGGCUGGAAGUUGACCUUGGUUAUCAUUGCAGUCAGCCCUUUGCUUGGGAUUGGAGCGGCUGUCUAUGGCUUGGCUGUGGCAAAACUAACAGGACGAGAAUUAAAGGCUUAUGCAAAAGCUGGAGCUGUGGCUGAUGAAGUGCUCUCAUCCAUCAGAACAGUGGCUGCUUUUGGUGGGGAGAAGAAAGAAGUUGAAAGAUAUGAUAAGAAUCUAGUGUUUGCUCAGCACUGGGGAAUUCGAAAAGGAAUAAUAAUGGGAUUAUUCACUGGUUACAUGUGGUGUAUAAUUUUCCUAAGUUAUGCAUUAGCCUUUUGGUAUGGUUCUAAACUUGUCCUUGAAGAAGAAGAGUAUUCACCUGGCACUCUUCUGCAGGUUUUCUUUGGUGUUUUAGUAGGAGCAUUAAAUCUUGGCCAGGCAUCUCCCUGUCUGGAAGCCUUUGCCACCGGUCGUGGGGCUGCAGCAAACAUUUUUGAGACAAUAGAUAAAAAACCCACCAUUGACUGCAUGUCAGAAGAUGGCUACAAGCUGGAUAAAGUACGAGGUGAAAUUGAAUUUCAUAAUGUAACAUUUCAUUAUCCCUCCAGACCAGACAUAAAGAUUUUGGAUAACCUUAAUAUGGUUAUUAAAGCAGGGGAGACAACAGCUUUUGUUGGAGCUAGUGGAGCUGGGAAAAGUACAACGAUGCAGCUCAUCCAGCGUUUCUAUGACCCCGCUGAAGGCAUGGUUACCCUGGAUGGCCAUGACAUUCGUUCCCUGAAUAUCCAGUGGCUGCGCUCACAGAUUGGCAUUGUUGAACAAGAGCCAGUGCUCUUUGCCACCACCAUUGCAGAGAACAUUCGCUAUGGUCGGGAUGAGGCUACCAUGGAAGACAUAAUCAAAGCAGCCAAACAGGCCAAUGCUUACAAUUUCAUCAUGGACUUACCACAGAAAUUUGACACUCAUGUUGGAGAGGGUGGAAGCCAGAUGAGUGGAGGUCAAAAACAGAGGAUAGCUAUUGCUCGAGCUUUGGUGCGAAACCCCAAAAUCCUGCUACUGGAUAUGGCUACGUCAGCACUCGAUAAUGAAAGUGAAGCUAUUGUCCAAGAAGCACUUCAUAAGGCUCGCCUUGGCCGCACAGCGAUCUCGAUAGCUCACCGCCUGUCAACCGUCAAAGCCGCCGACGUCAUCGUGGGGUUUGAGCACGGAAGGGCUGUAGAGCGAGGAACUCAUGAGGAACUCUUGAAGAGGAAAGGGGUUUAUUUCAUGUUGGUGACCUUGCAAAGCAAAGGAGACCCAGCACCUACUACAGAAGAAACAGAAAGUAAACAUUUUAGCUGCAGAGAAGGCCAGCUCAAAAACACUAGCCCCUGCCUGUCAUCCCCUUGCAGGAGCACAGGGACACAGCCCCACCUAGGUGGCACUGCUACUGCUCUUCAUUGUAACAUCAUCCUGUUUUCAAGCAGCUAGGGAAUAUCGAGAGCUGAGUGUUGGGAAGUAUGCUGGUACUUUCCAGAAGCAUGCAGGCACUCACAGCACACACAAACAGUUGCACAUUCCUGAGUACCAGCUCCUGCCACUUAAUUUCUAUGUGCUACUGACAACCAGUUGAUUAUAAAGACCUUUGGUACCUGUGCAAAGGGAUUAAAUUUCAAGUGGAGCUACACAGUAUGUCUGGGCAUGAGCAACAAGCCUUGAUGGACUGCUCGGUGCAGAGCUGGACUGGUCGUGCCGCCAUGGCUGCCUCACAGCAAGAUGUCCCAGCCCUGGAACUUGGUGACAAGUCCCUGAGCCAACCCAAAGGCAUUUGCUUACAUCUUUCAAGCCUGAAUUGUUAGUCUUGACAGUAGAUGGUGUCAUUUGCUGUCUUGUGCAGAAAUGCCAGUUGUCAUUCUACAUUUGUGGUUGUGUCUAUCCCAACAGAGGCACCAAGAUUCUUUGCCAGGGCCCGGAAGCAGAGACCUUCAUGUGGUAGAAGCUUAAAAAUGUGAUGUCUACCCAUAACUCCCAGCUUAAAAUUGCCAACAUUGCCACUAAAUCCAAAUGCUGUUGUGAAAGCCUCCGACAGCUGUGCACAAAGCAUCCCCUACUGCUGGCCAGAAGGAGCCAGAAACAGAAGGACAGCUAGACCAACCUGCUAGUGUUCUGUGAUGCCUCUGUAGGUCACCUCACUGGUAGGGAAUAACAAAGCACAGAGCAACUUAACACAGCUGAUCUUUGUCUUGGCUGUCUUUGUUCUUGGUUAUUUGUUUCUAGUCCCAUUAGUUUAGUAAUUUUGCUUAAGGAAUUACAAUUAUAGAAAAGACUGGUUUCAAGUCAGCUGCUGCAGGAAAAAGAGUUCAGAGAUCCAUUACAGAAGAUAUGAGGAGAUACACAAAGUAAAAUACUCCUCAAAUUGUUAAAACAAGAUGACUCAUUUUUUUAAGUCAAGGUAGUCUUACUAGGCUCUUAAAUAAGGAUGCCUGUUUCAGAUUUGCUGCUGUAAUUUGUAUAAUGUUUAUUCCUAAAGGCCAAUGCAAAACUAUUCACCUUGUUUACCCAAAUUAAAUAAGAUUCUUUCAGUUUGAAUUAUCCCACACCUAACUGGAAGUCUGGAAACAAUAUCAUGUUUACAUCUUCUCAGCCUUAUUUUUUUCAGAUCAUACAUACACAGCCCUCAUUACUCAUCUUAUGGCCUUGUAUACUAAGGCUAUGUAUAAACAGCUUGUAUACUAAGUAUUAUGAGAUGGUAUCAGCAAAAUAUUGCUUAAAAAUUGUGUACUGAAAGGGAAUAUACAACAGUAGAUGCCAAAUAAUGAGUAAAAAUGGAAAGUACCCACCUUUGCCUAUUUAGAACAUCCAUUUUAUAGAGCAAACAUAUUUAACAUACUAGCUAUUUGUGUGCUUAGGUAAACAAAGCUGACAAGAAUAUAAAGUUGCGAUGACAGUCUGCAACCACAUUUUCAUGAUUUACACAACUACUAACAGUGAUUCAGGCUUGUGUUUCUUGAUCUGAGAGAAUUAGCAGAGAGUUAUCUUUGCAAUAUAGGAGCAUGAACAAUAUUCUUGAGGUCAUAUACUGAGAUAAUUUCAUCACUGACAGCUUUCAAAGGCGUGAUCUGUAUCAUUCAUGAUUUAUGUGACCACUUUGAAAAAGUAAGAAUGACAAAACCCACAUAGUAAUGCAAAAAUAUAUUCUGCAGAGUAUAAUGGAAAUAAACUUUUUUUUUUUCUCAUCUGACUUAAUCAGAAGCUGUUUUGCUCAGGAAGCUCAAUAAGUUAAAUGUAAAGCCUUGCUUAUAACUACGCUGGCCUUUUUCACAGUGCCUGGGUACAGCCGUACAGUCCAGUGGUAGGUGGUGUGAUACUGUCACACCAUUAUGUAGCAGUUUAACACACAGUAUCUAUAUAUAAAAAAAUUAAAUACCGAGUAUCACUAUGUACAACUGAUGCUUGAAGCAUCAUCUAGCUAGAGAUGGAGAGAACUUAAAGACCACCAUAUAGCUAAAUAAAACUAGUUGAUUGUACUUUAAAACUUUGUUAUGACCCAGAGUAUUGGGCCAUUUCUAACCAUACUGCACUGUGAUUGCAAUAUUUCUAGGAAUCAGCAACUAAUAAUAUUUAUGAGCUGCCAAAGUCAUUCUAGAGUGUACUGAUUUUGGAUGUACUGGUUACUUACCAGGAGCACAUCAAAGAUGCAGUAGCAUCCCUUUGGUUAAAAUGAGUUAGCAAAACUGCCUUUGUGGAAGGUUCUUGAGCAGCUCAUAUCCAUCCCCACAUUGCUAAUCAUUUUGAACCUCAAUUAAGUUUCUUUUCAGUUGUCUUCAUUAACGAGUGGACACAGUAUGGAACCAAGGCAACUACAGUCAGAGGCAUAGCUGCACUCUUACAGAAGGAGAGAAUGUAGAACAAAUACUCAGUAUGAGUAGGUAUCUUAAUGAAAUUAUACAGCUGCAGUGUAGCUAAAGAAGCAGCUAUACACAAUAUGCGAAAACUUAGCUUGCAGCUAUUUUUACCUUUGCAGCUUGUGACAAACAUUUCAGAAUUAAUUCCAAGACCUAAACCAAAGAGUGCCCCUAAAUUCCUCACCAGUCCAGCAAAUGGAGUUGUGUCAAUGUUUAUCCAGUCUGGGUUGGCACACCACUUCUUGGCCUUUGGAACAGACCAUAACAAGUCAAUAUCAAGAAGUUUGAGGGAUAGAUAAAACCCAAGGGCAAAGAUGAAAAGAAACAAGUUUGUCUUGAUGUACAUUCUCAAGCUCGCAGUCUGAAUAGCAGGGGUAUGCUCAAAUGCUUCUGCCACAAGAAUGCCUGUGGAUUAGAAACUCAGUGUUACAGGGAACAACGCACUUGUACUUUGAAGAAGCACUUUCUACAGUGUGCCUGUAGAAUUUGACUUUCGAAGACAGAAGAAUAUGUCUUUCAUAUCUAUGUGUAUAUAUACACAUACACACACACAAUUUACCACUUCUGUAGUACAUUACAAAACCUUUUCUCCCACUCAAAACUGCCAAUUUAGAAAAAAGAAAUUAAAUACCAAGCACUACAUGGUUUUGAUAUGAGGCAUACCUUAAGGCCUGACUGCAUCGCCCAGAUGACAACCUAUCAAAUAUUAGAUGUAAACUGGAACAUUCCUUUUCCAAAAGAGUCCCUCACUCAAAGACUGGCUCCAGCAAUGCAGAAUUCAAUACCAGUUCCCACACAGGCUUUGAGUGUUGAAGGAAAAGACACAGAACACACUUAUCUUCUCUCAUACUCAUUUUAUCCUGGUUGUGAAGAGGGAAAGCUGUUAGCCAUGGCUACCCAGGCUGCGCUGCAUCCAUGAAAGAGAACAGGACCAGGCAGCCCCUGCUCAAUGCUUUGGUCACUCUCCAUAAAAUCAGAUAGAUACUAGAGAGAUUAUUCAUAGUUUGAACUCCCUGAAUACCAAUUGGCAACACGCUUAAGUAACUCUGAAAAAUGUACUUCAGCUUCUUAAAUCACCCUGGGGAGUUUUUACUGCUGAUUCACCUUUUUCUCUAUUUUGCCCCAGGUCUCUGACCCCAUACUUGUCCACAUUGCACACAUGCUAGUUUGCACCUGGACACCAUUUGAAGUGACCCAAAUACCUUCCUCCUGAGGUGAAAGGUCAGAGCCAUAUAGGAACAACUUCCUCUCUGAUCUCUUCCACACAGGCAGCGCAGUCAAAGAUUGGAUGCAGCCAGUACAAACCAGUCAGAGCUAGUCUGAGGCAGUGUGGAUAUAACACAGUCAGCAUCGACUGGCAAGUGGACAAAGGCUCACUCCCUUCACUCUGUGAAUUACAAAGGCAGCAGGCACAUUCUAACCUUGCGAAUUUUACCUUUAGACUAUUAUCAAAUCCUUGACCUUCCAGAGAGUGGAGAGCACCACUGGGGCUGCAAGAUGAGUAGCACUAUGAAAAAUCUCUUGUCUUUUCUCAUACUUCUUUUUUUUGAGAUUUUACAAAUAUGUUAAAAAGAAAAAAGAAAAGCAUUACCAGCAAAUACUCCAAGAAUAACUUGAUGAGGAAAAUGUGUUGCUAUGAAUACUCUUGAAAUGCACACACUGAUCUGGAUAAUCCAAAAAAUACUCCAGAGGAAUGACCAUGUCAGUCUAAGAGAGAAAAGGAAAAUGGUUAAAAAUUAAGACAAACUAUUUCAUCUACUAAUUUAUCCCAAGCCCCAUCAUGUCAGGCUCAUAUUUUUACCAGCCAGAGAUUUACCAAGUAGAGCAGUUUAGAAUCAGAUGAUUAAAACCUGGAAGCCAGUACUAAAACAUUAUCAAGAGUGGUUAUAGGAAGAGACCCCAGCAGUUUCAGGUCCAAGACACCACUGUGGCUUUAGUGAUGAAAGUCAUGCAUAGUAGGUUAAAUUAGCACUAGUACCCUGAGCUUCAUGAAGUCAUACCUAAAUGUAAAAGUUCAGUUAUUUCAUGAUAAAAUUUACAUAGUGUGGGAACAACCUUGUCGGGUCGACAGCAAUUAUGAGACUUUUCCGCAGAGCUGAGUAACACAUUACAGUGAACUAUGUCAACAUUAUGUGCAUUUGCUUUAAAAUGGGCUAAGAAGGAUGACCAUCAAAGUAAAUUUAUGUUCUAACCAAAAGAUCCAAUAAAUAAUGGCAAUUAAUAGAAUCAAAAAUUUCCAAUACUGAAGAGGUGACACAACCUUUAGCGGGAGCUGAUUUAGAGAUAUUGUAUGCAAUGACAGUAAUUUAAUAAAUAAGAACCUAUACAAAUGGCUAAAUCCUCUUAAUAUACUUUUUCUUUAGCUGAGGCAGAUCAUAAUAAAGGGCUGUUUUUUUUUUUAUGAACUGGAUAGAACAGACUAUGAAUAUUUGUUUAAAUUAAGUCCAUUAAAAACAUAACAUGUAUACAAAGAAUUAUCUUUAUGAGUUAGAGGAAUGGAAAGACACUGACCUGUGAAGGGUAACAGCUAAUUUAUCUUUCCAUCUAACUGUGUAGCUAAGUGCUGCAGUGACCAUUACAUACCAGACGCAGGAUGAUCCCAUGGCAUGUCCAGAUGGGCUUCCUAGUAAAAACAAAAGGGAAAUAUUCACCUUAAGAAUGAUGACUGUAGCAUUUGUCAUAUCGAAAAUGUCAACUGGCAGUUACUCAGGCACCCAAUCAUUUAGAAGGGAAAUGGCUAACAAAGGCUGAAAGAAUGUCAACUGCUUCGCAAAAUUUAAUUUUCUCAAUAUGAACUUCUCAUCUAUAGGGAAGCCAUAUUUGUCUGAAAUCAAGUAGGUAACAGCUUAACUAUCUUAUAUUAGUGUGGGGUGGAAUCUUGAUUGGAAAACAUAGUAUUUUCCUAUUAUUUAGAUUUGGAUUGUGAUUU